AUGGACCCCAGAAAAUUUUAUGGAGGUAUACAUACCAUUAUUCAAGAAUUUCCUAACGGCAGCACUGAUGACGAGCUUUCUGAUGAUGAUGACUACAGAAGACGGGCUAAGAAACGGCCACUUGUAAUACUAUCUGAAUCUGAUUCUGACACGGAAGACGACAUUCCAUUAUCAGAACUUCCCAGUACCAGUUCACGUGCUAACAGAAAUGCAAAACCUAGAUGGAGGGAUGGUUUUUUAGAGAAAACGGAAACAGAAAUUCAGUUCUUAGGUAAUACCAGCUUGCCUGCUGAUAUAAUGCAAUUAAAGACACCUGUUCAGUUUUUCAAAUAUUUGUUCACCGAUGAUAUGUUUCAUUACAUUACACAAGAAACUCUCAAAUAUGCAGUUGAAAAACGCCCCGAAAAGCCAAUGAUAGUUACCAGUGCGGAUAUAGAACAGUUUGUUGGUAUAUGCCUGAUGAUGUCUAUUAUUCAGCUGCCUUCGACCAGAGACUACUGGAGUUCGGUAUUGGGACACCCUAAAGUGAAUUCGUUUAUGUUCUGUAAUCGCUUUGAAGAAAUUAAACUUUUCUUACAUUUUAAUGAUGACUCACAACCCAAAUUCCCAAAGAUCGGGUUGGCUAUGAUCCUCUCCAUAAACUCAGGCCAUUUCUUGUCCAAGUUAGAGAACGACUAUUGA